CACCUCUGGUGGUAGUUAACGACACUACGUGAACUGUCUACGUGGACAAGGGAAACUCGGUGGCGCGUGGGCGUGGUCGUGACAGUGACGUGAACAAUACUCACGUGCGUGCGUGCGUGCAGUUGUGUUGUGCUCGACCUGAUGCUGAAUGCACGGGGUGCAAGGCCAACGACAGGGGUUGGCACGGACUGAUUUCACCAUCAGACUGCCGCCAAGCGGGGAGGUCUGUCUCGCGUGCCAACACACAUCAAUGGUUCAGUUGGGAUGUCGGCCAUCGAACUUAAGUCUGACCUGCCUGGUUAUUCUGGUUCUCAUGAAUAUCACGUUGACUUUCCUGUUGCUGCAGUCGGAGACUUGCCUCCCGAUCAUAAUGCCGAGGGAUUUGGGAUCGAACGCUAUAACCGAAUGGAACCUCGGCACAUUAAUCAAAGAGCCGCAGCAAGAGCAGCAGCAACAAUCGGAAUGCGUGACACAAGAUUACCAAUCGUUGCCAGUUGACGCGACCGAGUUAAAAUUGAACAUAAACCUCGGCAGAUGGGACGCUCGUAGAUUGUUCCGCACCUUCGACCACAUCCUCGUCGGAUCGAGUUUCGUCAAACUGUCGCGGGCGUACCGCGUGUGCCUGGCCACCCAGAGCUCCGUGGAGAAGUUGCACUCGAUCGUCCAGGCGGCGCACCACUGGACGGGGCCGAUGUCGGUAGCCCUGUACGUGGCCGGUGACGAGGAGUUCGAGGUUCUUCAGAAGUACCUGAUCUACCUGAGAAAGUGUUACGAGCCGAUACGCGAAAGGGUGACGUUCUCGUUGGCCGUGCCGAGGGUUAGACCGGUGAAGAGGCAGCCGCGCGAAUUCGAGCCGCCCGAUAUGGUGGACUGUGCCAAACCGGAGGGGACGUUGAACGAGUUGAUGAACGGGAUCUCGAACGAGCAGACCAACUGGCGAAUACGGAACGCGUACCCCCAGAAUCACAUGAGGAACCUGGCCAGGAAGAAUUGCCAGUCCGAUUACGUGUUCCUCACCGAUGUGGAUAUCGUGCCGAGUUUCAAUUUGACCGGCGCCCUCGACGAGUUUCUCAGAGCCGACACUUGUGAUAAGUGCGCCUACGUAAUACCGACGUACGAGCUGGACUCACGCGUCAGAUUCCCGCAGAAUAAGACGGAAUUGGUGAGGCUGGCGAGGAAGGGAUUGGCCAGACCUUUCCAUCAGAAGGUGUUUAUCCACAAUCAGUUCGCCACCAAUUUCACCAGAUGGAUACUGGAUACGUCUCCUAAUCAUAAAAAGUAUGGAAAUAUGAAGAGUGGCAAGGUGUACGUCAGUCAUGACGUGACGAACUUUGAAUUCCUUUACGAACCGUUCUACGUGGCAAAGGAUAUCGUCCCGGCUCACGACGAAAGAUUUAUGGGCUACGGAUAUACCAGAAAUACUCAGGUGUACGAAAUGUUCGUGGCUGGUUACCAAUUCAAGGCUUCCCCGGUUUUCACCGGCCACUGGGGUCUGCAGACCAGAAAGACCAGGCCGGCUUGGCGCGAACGGCAGAACAGCGCCAACAGGAAACACUUCGAGACGUUCAAGAAAGAGGUUUUCGCCCGUUACAUGCGCGACCCCUUAAAGAUGAUGAAGAACGCCCACUGACGAAAAAUUCGUCGAAGAUUUCGUUGAUUUAUCGCGAGAUCUUGAUCGCCGUCCUUCAUACUCGUCGCGCGACGUGACACCGAUCCGUGAUCGUCCCAAGGAUGGUGGUGGCCUCUGAUUCGUCUACCCGACACGUUUGUGCCAUAACGUUUGAACAUUGUAAACGGGCGGUUCGAAUAUUCGAACGUCAUCGCGCUCGUAGACGGUCUAAUCGUUAUAUUUUUCACACCGUCGAGUCGAAGAUCAGAUCGUUUUCUAUAUAUUUUGUAUUUCGUAUCGCGAACGAUCUACAUGUGUCAGAUUACAGCAUUAAAAUAUUUGAAGUUGAACAACGGUUUCAAAAGUUUUCGCGUUUAUUUAUAAAUGCAGACAGAUCAAACACCGACUUUCACACCUAAAAAUCGAUCCAUCCAUUCUUGUUUGAUGCCCUUCACCAAUCCUUCGCAAGAUUUGAAAAAUGUUUCACGCGCUUAAAAUGAAGAAAAUGAUGGUUAAUGUGCCGACUAAUGGUCGUUACUCGAACCGACUUUAUCAGCUAUAUCUACGACCUUUUCCCGUUUCCACGUUGCAAGAUCCCCUUAAUAGCCCGACAUUCAUCUGUCAUUAUCGAUGAACUAAUCAAUUACUUCGUCCUGCUCAAGAUGCUCGCCUAUCAUUUCACUCGUUAAAUUUUAUUAAAUAACGUAACGGUGAAAGUAGAAAGUACGGCCUAUUCUCAGGAUAUGUGAUAUGUGUAUCACCGAUAUCUUUGUAAUUAGACGAUCAAUCCACGACGACCACUUCAGCAACCAAGAUGGACGAUUUAUCCAGCCAAAGUUCGACAUGCAAAUCGUUCCUUCACACGUAAGGAGGAAACUUCUUGUUUGGAUGGAUGCUGAAGUCAUAGCCCUCAAAGCCCUCACGUUUUCACACGGUAUUUUCCCGCUUGAUACCUUUCUUACUCCCGUAAUAUCCGUCCCGGUCAAUCGGUGACAUAUCACGUGUAUGUAGAUCGUCUCAAUCAGGUAUCUUUCACCUUCAGUCGAGGGGGAGAAACACUUGGACAUAUCACAUACAGGACAGUGUAAAGACGAAACGUCAAGUUUCAUGGAUCGACCGUUAACUUCUAAAUCCAUAUGCACACUCAUCGUACAAACUUGGUUUUAGGUAAGGAUGAAAUAAUUUUGGAUC